AAAUGAGAGUUGCUUUGGACGACUCCUACAGUGUGUUUCACCGCGUUGAGGACGAUCCCUUCACAAAUUACCUACAACAGCCGCUGUAUUUCGAGGUGGAACUGAUGGGAUCUAACAACCCUAAAGUAUCUCUUGAGCUGGCAUACUGCUGGGCAACGCUGGAAGAGGACAAGAUGUCCCUCCCUCGAUGGGACCUCAUCGUUAACGGUUGUGCAAACUCAAGGGACCCCCACCCAGUGAUCUUCCACUCUGUUUUGCCUAAGGGCAGAGUUCAUUAUCCUUCCAACGUCAAGCGGUUUGAGGUCCCGAUGUUUGCCUUCGCCGAAGACAAGGAUAACUUGAACCGCCAGGUCUUUGUCCACUGUGAUGUGGUCAUCUGUGAUGUUAGAAAUCCAGUGGAUGCAGCUUGUAAUGUGCAGUGUUCAGACCAGGACAACACGAUGAAGGGUCAAAAACGUGCCAUUUCAGAUGACCCCGGUUUCAAACACGUGACUUCAGGACCCAUCAUCAUAAUGAGCUCCUAAACAAAAUCUUAAUAAAAUAUUUUAAAUGAAUUCA